CAAAAGCCACCAUAAAUCUGAAUGUGCUGCUCUUUGCUCCUCCAUGUUUCCUGAAUGUUUACAGUAUGAGACCAAAGUGCACUUUAAUGUAGAGGGCGAGUGUUGAUUUAACGUUCUGUAAAUGUUCUCAGUGCUGGCACUGAAGCUUCCCGGCAGAGAGAGUCGAGCCAGAGAGCCGUUCUUCGAGGACAUGCAGCAGAUCGUGGAGGAGGUGGUGGACGUGCUGCUGCCGCUGCUGCAGGAGAAGCCGUUCGCUCUGUUUGGACACAGCUUCGGAGCUUUUACAAGCUUCGCUGUUGCAGAAGCUCUGAAGAAGCAUCACAACGUGGAACCUGCUCACAUGUUCCUGUCUGGAGCUUCUGCUCCUUAUGUAAGAACUCACAGGAACACAGUCAGCUUCACUUCAGUCAACACCAACACGCAGGAAGAGCUGAACACCUGGAAUGUGGAU